AGCAUUUACGUAAUUUAGUAAAUAUGUAUUUUCUAGGAUUUAUAGUGCAUUUUCUUAGCUAUUUACAUUUUGAAGUGAAGGAUGGUUAAGUGUGCCGCUCUUUUAUGUCGUUCAGGCUACGCGCUUACAAAGGCAGAAAAGGCAAACAAGCUAGUUCAGCGCAAUGUUUCUGUGUUUUCCUUUCCGAAUGACAAAGAGUUACGCGAUCGCUGGGUGUUAGCGAUAGGUCGCAAUGACUCAGCCUGGAAUCCAGAUCACUGUGGUGUCUGUGAGCUCCAUUUCCGUGAGGAAGACUUUCAUCAAACAACCAGAAGAAAGAACGAACGUAAAAGGAAAUCUCUGAAGAGCGGCGCCGUUCCGUCAGUCUUCGAAUCACACGAAUGUCCUGUCCCGCUCAACGAUGCCCAGCGGCAGCGCACGACAGUGCUGGCAACAGCAUCAUCGAGACGGCAGGUUGCCGAAGUGCAACUGCAACAACAGUGCGCCGACAUGAUGGAGGCGGAGAAGUUCUCAACUCUGGAGGACAUGCAUACCAAGCUCGAGAACGAAACGCUUCCUUCAGGGUACACGACAGUGAAGAUGUCACACCCAGCCGGAGUCGAGUCUGUACUGAGCGUCCGAUUAGAGCAGCUGGAUGAGAAGUCAGGGCACCCGGUCAUCACCAGAAACCUAACGGUAUAUGAAGAUCUUCACUUUCGGGCACACGCAGCAGGUGUUGAAAUCUCUGUUCAGCAAUUUUCUGGGUUAACUGCAAGAGCUGGGCAAUUCCAAAGCACCACAGAGGUCUUGAACGUGCUUGCUCGCCUGAAGUCAUUCACCAUCACUGCCAAGGACUUGAUGACCUCUGCUGCCAGCGUUUUGGAUCUAGCAGCGGAAGCCGACAGUGGUGAUAAGUUCACCAUCUGUCAGUUCGUCGCGGAGCAGCUACGCCUGGCCUCGGUCCCAGCGAACAGACGGCGAUAUAGUCAAGCGCUGAUGAGUUUGGCUGUGGUGUGGGACAGAACCAGCCCGAAGUUAUACGAAGAGUUGUGUAGCUGCUCUGUUCUGUUCCUGCCGCACAAGAAAACCCUCCGACGCCUCACAUCCGCGCUCAGCGUGAGAGAGGGUUUGGAGAUCGGCACAGUGAAGUAUCUCCAAAUGAGGAUCGAAAAACUGACCAAGAGAGAGAGACUGGUCAAUCUGGCAAUGGAUGAAGUGUACACGGCGCGAGCAGUUGAAGUGGCUGGAGGGCGCGUCUUUGGUGAGAGCAAAGACGGUGUCGCCAGUACUAUCUUCUGUACCCUCAUCUCCUCUGUGGCUGGCACGUACGAGGACACCAUCUCAAUGUCACCGGUAUGCAGCAUCACCACCGAAGACAUUCGCACCAUAUUCUUCACGGUGCUGAAGACCCUGACGGAAGUAGGGUUCACUGUCGUGUCAUGCACCACCGACGGACACCGGACAAACCAAGCCUUUCACAACUCGCUCGGUGAAGACGGGCGUCAUCCGGAGUACAUCGUGAAUCCCUUCAACGCUCAAACAAGAGUCUACACCAUGUACGACAGCGUGCACCUGUACAAGAACUUCUUUUUCAAUCUGAUGAACAAGAAGACCCUCGUCUGCAUACCUCCAGGCCUCGAGAUGGCCGUGAAGGCCCAGUUCAAACACCUGCAACAGCUGCACAAGCUGGAGAUGGGAGAGGAGGUCAAAAUGGCCUACAAACUGACAGACCGGGUACUUAACCCCACCAGCAUUGAGCGCGUCAACGUUCAACUGGCUGUGGCAGCCACCCAUGAGUCGACUGUGGCAGCGCUCAGAUACUACAGCCAGAAGAACGAGUACCGCGACUUCGGACAGACGGCCGAAUUCCUCGAGAUGCUCAGGAAGUGGUUCAGCGUUGUGAAUGUGAAGACGGCAUUCACGCACGUGCGCCUGCGUGACCCUCUCAGGGCCCCACCCAGGAACGAGGAAAGUUGCACGGGCCUGGACUUCCUCGCUGCCUUUGCAGCUAUGCUGCGAGUCUGGCAGAACAGGAAAGGAGGUGGGAAGAUGUCUGUCGACACAUCGCAGGCCGCCAUCUACACCUGCAGAGGUCUAGUCGGCGUGGCCCGCUACCUGCUGGAAGAGCACGGUGACGUAAUCGACUAUGUCCUUCUGGGGAAAAUACAGUCGGACAGGAUCGAAGGCCGUUUCGGCUACCUGAGGAAGUUGGCUGGCGGAAACUUCUGGGCGAGCGUCAGACAAUUUUUCGAAGGGGAAGCAGUCAUCCGGGUCAAAAGUCUCGUCUGGCUGUCGGGCUACAGUCUCGGCACAGUGGCUGCUGUCAUGGCGGAGGCACGUCAACAGCGACAGCAGGACGACGCUGAGGUGGCGGAGACCCUGGCGGAGUACGCUGCCAGCGCGGAGCACGAGCCUCUAUCGGAGGGAGCAGAGCAGGCCAUCACACAUGUGGCUGGCUACCUCGCCCGCUCAGCGCUGAAGAGGAGACAGUGCCAUGCAUGCCACGCACUCUUGGUCAACAAGGAGCCGAGCCAGGUUCAAGAAGUACGAAUCGAUGCGGAAGACAGCCAACCAGAAACAGCACCCGAACUAACAGAAGCCGUGAAGACAUUCACUGAUCAUCUGAACCGGGGAGGCCUGCUCUGCCCUUCCGAGCUCACCGUGGACUUGUCGAUGAACAUCUGCCACGCUUAUAGGUCGCUGAUGCAGGAUGAGGCAUCGAGGCGCGCCCUUCUCGGCUGCUCCGAACCACGCUCCACGUUUGAGCACGUCUCCACCUCCAUCGCUCAGCAGGACAGCCGGCUGAUAAGCCUCCAGUGCGCCAGAGGCCACAGCUUUCUUCCAUUAUAUGGACAGAUGGCGCGCGCACUCUUCAAUGUCUUCACAUCCAACUACGCUACAGAAGUGAACAGUGCUGUUCACUCAAGUAAAAGGCGAUCUUCAAGUCCGGUAGUCAUGCGUCGACGUGAUCAGACUGAAAACAAAGUGAGAAAACUGAGCGGUGCAAAGUGACAGCAGUGAGUGUGUGGUGGUCGAGAGCGCCGUCGUUAUCGUACGCUUACGGAUGUGUGUGUGACAUUGUCCCGCCGUCAGCGGGCAGGUCCUGUGAUCAGCCGCUUCCCGCUCUUGACAGAAGUUGCAAGUAACGCACGUGACUCCCGUCGCCGCCGCCGCUACCGCGCGUUGGCUCUCCGUGCGGAUGCAUUCCAGCGCCCCACAUUCGCCGACUGCAGCGCGUCUGUCUUCAACGUUCGCCCCUGGCGAAGGACGUUCCUGGGUCGAGUCGCGAGAGCUGCGUGCCAUGCGAUGCAUCAAGGGGUGGUUAGAAAGGCGUUUUGUGAUGAGUGUAAUAGUGAAAUAUGUUGUCUACAGUCCCGAAGAGAUGUUCAUAUGUUACCCGUUGUUGUUAUAUGAUAUUUGUUUUCACGCCACCCCCAAUAGCUGAAUGUCGCCAGAGGUCGCCUCUUAUAAGGCUUUGCCCGGAUGCAGAACAGAGACUGUCGCACGAGCGAACAGUCCUUUCGUGACCGAAACAGGACAUUCCGAGAAUAAAGCUCCUCAACAUUUA